GUAACGCCGCGCACCCUAUCGGGCGGCCACAGGGAGCGCGCCCGCGGCCUCGCCCUCUCUCGCCCCACCCCUCUCCCGUCUCCGCUGGCCUCAGAGAGAGGCUUGGAGACCCAAAACUCGGCUCCGGGUCUCCGCCGGCCCCACUCCCACUAGCGCGCGUGCGCAGAGGCGGACCGCAGGGCGAGGGCGAGAGGGAAGGGCGGGCGUACGUCCUUGCGUGCGUCUCAGGCAGCGAGCGCGCACGCCGGCGUGAGAGGGCACGGGGAAAAGGUGGCUCUGGCCGGGGCGUCUCGACUUCCUGUGGAUAUGUAGCUGAGCUCGUCGGCUCGGGGUUCUCUUUCGCUCCCUUCGCCGCGUCCUCGCGCGGAGUUUCUGCUCGGGAAAGAGACUGUCCUCAGCCCGCCGCGCUCCCUCGACGGCAGAGCUGCCUCGCUCGCCCGUGGGAGCGUCCCGGCCGAGCAGCCCUGAAGGGGGAGGGGAGGCCAUUUUGUCCCGACCGACUCCCCGGAACCGGGCGGAGCGGCUGGGAGAGGCUGCGGUCGUCACCCUCGGAGAGGCACGGCCGCCGCCACCGUCGGGGCUUCCUCGACGAGGCCGUUCGUAGGUCGCCCGCGCCCUCUCGAGCCCUCAUCUUUCCCACGCUUCCCGGUCCUCGGCCUGAGAACGCCCGGGUGAGGAGUUGGCCGUAGUGAGAGGGGCCGAUCCCUUGGGACCGCCGGCGGCGAGAGCCCGAGCCGCUCCUCCCAAUGGCGAAGAAGACGUACGACCUGCUUUUCAAGCUGCUCCUGAUCGGGGACUCGGGAGUGGGGAAGACCUGCGUCCUUUUUCGUUUUUCGGAUGAUGCCUUCAAUACCACCUUUAUUUCCACCAUAGGAAUAGACUUUAAGAUCAAAACAGUUGAAUUACAAGGAAAGAAGAUCAAACUACAGAUAUGGGAUACAGCAGGCCAGGAGCGGUUUCAUACCAUCACAACCUCCUACUACAGAGGUGCAAUGGGUAUUAUGCUAGUAUAUGACAUCACCAAUGGUAAAAGUUUUGAAAACAUCAGCAAAUGGCUGAGAAACAUAGAUGAGCAUGCCAAUGAAGAUGUGGAACGAAUGUUACUAGGAAACAAGUGUGAUAUGGACGAUAAAAGAGUUGUACCUAAAGGAAAAGGAGAACAGAUUGCACGGGAGCAUGGUAUUAGGUUUUUUGAAACUAGUGCAAAAGCAAAUAUAAACAUUGAAAAGGCGUUCCUCACAUUAGCUGAAGAUAUCCUUCGAAAGACCCCUGUAAAAGAACCCAACAGUGAAAAUGUAGAUAUCAGCAGUGGAGGAGGCGUGACAGGCUGGAAGAGCAAGUGUUGCUGAGCAUUCUCCCGUUCCAUCAGUUGCCAUCCACCACCCCGUUUUCUCUUCUUGCUGCAAAAUAAACCACUCUGUCCAUUUUUAACUCUAAAAAGAUAUUUUUGUUCUCAUCUUAACUCUCCAAUUCAUCUUAUUUGUUCUUUCAUCUGUGACUGCUUGCCGACUUUAUAAUUUCCUUCAAACAAAAAAAUGUAAAGAAAAAUCAUGUCUGUGACUUCAUUUUUAAAUGUACUUGCUCAGCUCACCACUGCAUUUCAGUUGUAUUAUAGUCCAGUUCUUAUCAACAUUAAAAUCUAUAGCAAUCAUUUCAACUCUAUUCUGCAAAUUGUAUAAGAAUAAAAGUUAGAAUUAACAAUUUUAUUUUGUACAACAGUGAAAUUUUCUGUCAUGGAUAAUGUGCUUGAGUCCCUAUAACCUAUAGACAUGUGAUAGCAAAAGAAACAAAAGCCAGGAAAACACUCAUUUCGCCUUGAAUAUGUAAAUUGGGUUAAUUUUGUCCUGUGCCUUAUGUGGAAAGGAACUUCUUUUGGUUUUUCCUUUAUUUGUUUUGGUGAAAGCAUGUUCAGGAGACAUAUCAUCCAAACAUAAACCAUUAAAAUGUUCGUGGUUUGCUUGGCUGUAAUUUUCAAAGUAGUUAAUUGAGGGCAAAGGGCAAUGCAGAAAUGAUAGCUUGGUUUGCUGAUCCUCGUUUUGAGUGGCCUUGAUAUCUAAAACUGUUCCUGCCACCCUUCUCCUUGGCCACUGUUUCCUCAUGUCUUGUCUUCCUCUUCCUGCAUGCUGCUUUAUUUGCUUUUCCUUCCCCCACUAUCCAGUGGUAUGAGUUAUUUAAAGGGGGCAAACUACUAAUAAGGUUUGUCAAAUUUAACAUAAAGCACCUACUUAAUUGCUUAAGUAAAUGGAAAGAUAGAUUCUAACUGCUUAUGAUCGAAUGUCAGUUAAUCGUGUUUUCCCUUCAUUUCCUCUUUCCCUGAAAACUCCUGUUCCAGAUUACUUCAUUUGCUGUUUGAUGUCCUAUUCCUCCUCUUUCUCUCUGUUCUCUUGCUGUCUAUACAUUGAGUUUAUGAAAUGGAAGAGUUAAUUGCAUGCACUGUGUUUGGAGGGUGUUGUGGUUUUUCUUUCUAAUUUAGGUGUGUAGCCUAUUCACGCUCCUAGAAUAAAUAUCUUAACCUAAAUUUGAGUAGUCUCCAUUUUGGCAACUCCUCUUAGCAGUUUGGUAGCCCAGUAAAGGCGAUGUUACAAAACACAGGAAGGAGGAGUAAAAUUUAUUGACAUGUUUGCCAAAUGUCUUGAGAUUUGGCCUUUGAAAAUCACUUUUUCAGUGUUAAGUUGUCCUUACCUUAAGGUUUAGAAGUAUUUUAGAACCUUAAUAAGUUUAAGUCCUAUCUUCACAUCCUUUUGGAAAACAUAUUGCCAUGGAUUUGGAUCAAGGACAAAAAAGGCUUUUCAUAUAAAGAUAAAAUCUCUAGCUUACCUCUGACCUUGUCUCUUUUUUUCUUCUUUCCACCUCAUUUUGCUAGUUUUGCUUCAUUGCUUAUCAUUAGAAUAGGGUAAGUUAAGUUUGCUAUGCUGCUAGCAUCCUAAGAUGAUACCUUUGUUGAAAUAAUUGUGAAUAGCAUGAUUCAUUUCUAGCAGAGGCUGAGUUUAGGACAGCAGCUUCCAUUGAAAAGUGUGGCUGUGUCGUGGCUAGCAUUCUAAUGCCUCUCUGCUCACAAACAACACAGGGAUGUAUCUGUAUGAGCAUCCAUACAUUUUUCAGAUAGUGCCCUAAAAACAAUUUUUUAUGCCUCACUGGUGGUUAUUAGGUUUUCCCCUCACUUGACUUUAUCAUUGUUUACUCGUAAAAGCAGCAUUGCCAAAUAAUGCCUAAUUUUCCACUAAAAAUAAUAAUAAAAUGUUAAGCUUCUUGAAGUUUUAGGUUAAACCUGUUGUUAGAUUAAUUUUAACGUUAUUGUUGCUUCCCUUUAUCUGGAUUGUGGCAGUAGCUUCUUUUUAACCCUCUUUAAUCUUUACUCGAUUCAGUGACUUAAGGUCUGAGAGCUAAACACUGGGAUUUUUGGGUAACCGACUGACAGUUUUGUUUGCAAUAUUAUAUUUGGCAUUGUACAUAGAAAGGAUAUGGCUACCUUUUGUUAAAUCUGCACUUUCUAAAUAUCAAAAAAAGGGAAAUGGAGUAUAAAUCAAUUUUUGUAUAACCUGUUUGAAACAUGGGUUUUAUUUGCUUAAUAUUAGGGCUUUGCCCCUUUUUCUGUAAGUCUCUUGGGAUCCUGUGUAGACGCUGUUCUCAUUAAACACCAGUUAAGUCCAUACUCUGGUACUAGCUACAAAUUCGGUUUCAUAUUCUACUUAACAAUUUAAAUAAACUGAAAUAUUUCUAGAUGGUCUACUUCUGUUCAUAUAAAAACAAAACUUGAUUUCCAA